CUCUUUCCGUCUCCCGCCGCCGCACGGAGAGGAGCUGCCGUCAUGUCUGCGCACCUGCAAUGGAUGGUAGUGCAGAACUGCUCCAGCUUCCUCAUCAAGAGGAACAAGCAGACGUACAGCAACGAACCCAAUAACCUGAAGGCCCGCAACUCCUUCCGCUACAACGGGCUGAUUCACCACAAGACCGUGGGCAUGGAGCCGGCGGAGGACGGCAAAGGGGUCGUGGUGGUGAUGAAGCGGAGAUCCGGCCAGCGAAAGCCGGCCACUUCAUACGUGCGGACCACCAUCAACAAGAACACCCGAGCCACUCUCAGCAGCAUCCGGCACAUGAUCCAAAAGAACAAGUACCGCCCGGAUUUGCACAUGGCCGCCAUCCGCAGAGCCAGCGCCAUCCUGUGCAGCCAGAAGCCAGUGAUGGUGAAGAGGAAGUGGACCCGCCCCACCAAUAGCGCCUGAGCCCUGCCCUUCCCCAAAGCAAUAAAGACAACAGUCUUCUCUUUGCAAAAAAAAAAAAAAAAAAA